CGGACUCUUGCUUCCAAUAUCUCGCUUUAUUAAUUGCAUGCUCACCUCCAUGGUUGCAGUGUGCCUGGGCCUCCCAUUCGGCUUCGCGCUGGGCUGGAAUGGGGUCAGUAAAUAAACUGUUGUCCAUGCCUUGGUUUUUACUACUCUAAUCUUUUUGGGUGAGGGGUGUCUAUCACAUAAACAUCCAUCGCAACCCGUCCCAUCUUUUACUUACCUCACCUUGCCUUUCCUUACUGUAUAAUUCCCCCCUCACACUCGUUUAAAGCGGCAUUGUCGUCCAUAUUCACGACUUUCCAAAAAAGCACUUGGACUGGAAUUUAACCGCGCCAAUCGAAUUCCGCUGUCUGUUUUGGAUCUGCCCGGAUUUUGUUUCUCGACCCUGCAAUACCGCGUUUCGUGAACUCGGAACGCUUUCUUUACAGGCAGGAGGAAAGGUCGAUCCCGAGUCAAAGUCGACUUGCUUCCGUUCCGAAGCGGGUGAUCUGCAAGCAUUGGGUAUAAGUCGGACAACACUUUCAAAGUCCGGUGACCAGCGUAGCGGAACGACUAUCAAAGGAAAUAGGGAGCCGUUUUUUUACGACAUUUUACACUUGUUUCGAUUAUCGACCGCUUUUCGAAUAUUGACUCCCUGUCUUGAUAAAAAAAAACCCCCCCACAACGACACAGACUUGUCUUUGAACCACCGCAUCGUCAUCCCCACCGAUCUGGUGUCACCUGAAAAAGGGGGACGAUGUGUGACAGGAACCCUUCUUUACAAGCCACAAUUGUCUUAUAAUAUUGGCUAUCAGUCCCAGGAGCGAAAACCUACCCAGCUAUGUACAACACGCAACCACUCGGCAGCCGCCGUGGCGCCCCUUGCGCAUCGACCCCAACAGCACCUCUCUUCCACAGGCCCAGGUUACAAUGGGCAACGAUCUUCACGAUUGGCCUUUUGGGCUUUGGUUGCACAGUAGCGGCCGCGGCACCGCCACCGGUUGUUCCAGCCACGACAGAAGCCACGCCGACUCGGUUUAUGACUGUCCCCGUCCCGACUUUGGCGCUGGCAGAUGAGUUGGUUCUUGACACGAGGCAGCCGGUCAGGGUGGAUGGGAAAUGGACAUUGGUGGCCGGUGAGGAUGAAGCUGCUGAGCUUAGGAGGCGGAGUCCUCAAACCGAUACUGAGUCGGCCACCACUACAACGUCAUCGGCAGCUACCAAGGCGUCGAAGACGGUGAGCGUCUCUAGCAGUCCUCUGCCGAGUCCCUACGACACGUUAUCAGCAGCAAACUUCACCACAGGCCCCACCGGGUCAUGUGCAAAGUUCUACAACACCAUGGUGAACCACGACAAGUUCAAGAAUUGUUACCCUUUCUCUACACUUCUCGAGGGUUCACAAUCAUUCUUCGAGGCCCAAAAAUCACUCGUCGGCAUAACGCAGACGCUCGACGCAGCAUGCAAGGCCAAUGCAAACGAGUGCGCCCCAUACCUCAACGAGGUGGCCAAAUCUCUCAUCAACUCGCAAAACUGCGGUCCAGACUACCAGCUAGAGAACAGCUUGGUCGUCUCGACGUACAACGCGCUGACGUCGUACCAGACCGUCUACAGCACCACGUGCCUGAUCGACCCCACAUCGUCGAGCUACUGCUUCGCCAACGCCGUCACCAACGCGACCAAUCCCAACAAUGCCUACUUUUACUACCUGCCCCUCAACAUGACCCUGCCCUCCACGAAGGAGCUCAACUGCAACUGGUGCCUGCAGCAGACCAUGGCCAUCUACCAGGCCCAGUCGGCCAACCGCAAGCUGGCCAUCGCCUCGACCUACCUCGCCGCCGCCGAGAUUGUCAACACGAGCUGCGGCUCCGAUUUUGUGAAUGCCACCCUGCCCAUUGCCGUUUUGCAAAACUUGGUCGGCCGUGUCAGCCCUUCGUCGUGGGUCCUCGCCCCGGUGGCAUUUGCGGCUGCCAUACAAUGGCUUUUUUGAAAAGCAUUGGGGGGAUCUUUUAUCGCUGACGGUUUGAAACGUUAUCACGAGACACUUGAAGAAAAAAAAAGCCCUUAUUUUUUUAUAUUCUAAUUGUUUAUUCAUUAAUUCCUAUUCAGCUGUACAUACUUUACUUCUGCAUGGAGCGCCUCUGUUUAUCAUGGCGUUUGGAUACCCUUUUGUUUUGAUUUUGGUUUAUUUGGGAGCGAGGUUCUUGUUUUUCUUUCUCUUCUUUCUACCUCAUCCUUUGUGUGAGGCUAGCCCCCCUUUGGUUAUUUUGGUAUAUAAUGGUCCACGAAGCAAUGGACUAUAUUGGAUCUUGGGUUUUGAAUAUAUGGAGGGAGAAAGAAAGGGGGAGAAAAGGGGCAAAAAGGCACAAAACGGCCUCGGACCGUCCUGUUGGACGAAUAGAUUCUAUCCUCAUGGUUUUAUAUGGAGAAACCAAGGCCUAAGAAUAGCUUUUAGAUACUCUUAAUGUGUUUGGAAGCUACGAAUAUGCUUCACGAUUUGGCCAAGA